CGACCCUCGAAGAAGCAGGCGACAUGCUAAAUUUAAAAACGUCUGCUUAUUUUCCCUCAACUACCCAAAACAACCUGACUUUGUUUCUUCUUUUCUUCACGUGCACCUCUUACCCACCGCCGUUUCCCCGCGAUGCACCUCAUUCUCACUGGCGCCACGGGAGUCGUCGGGUCCAGCGUGCUGGACGCCAUGUUGAAGAAUAAGGAGGUGACCACCAUCUCCAUCCUUUCGCGCCGGCCCGUGCCGCUUGCGGACCAGGCACAGGACCCGCGUGUCCACGUCAUCAUCCACGAGGAUUUCGCGCAAUAUCCGCCCGAAGUGCUGGAGCAGCUUAAAGGUGCCCAGGGGGUAGUGUGGGCGCUGGGAGUUCGCCCGAUGACUGUCGGUAAAGAAGAGUACCUCAGAAUCACCAAAGACUACCCCACAGCAGCCGCAUCGGCCUUUUCCUCCUCCCUAGCCACGGAAACCACGGAGAAAGACCCGUUCCGCUUCGUCUUCGUCUCGGGCGCCUUCGCGACCCAGAAGCCGGGUCCCUUCCACCCCCUCUACGCCCGCACAAAGGGCCAAACCGAAGCGCGGCUCUCCGAGAUCGCGGCCCAGUCCCAGGGGCGGUUCGUCGUCGAUUCGCUCCGGGCAUCGACGGUCGACCCGACGGGCCACGAGGCCGUGUUGAAGGUCGUCCCCCGCGAUGGGGUCCUGAAGCGGUUGGGCUUUGCGGCGAAUCGGGUUCUGGUCCCCGCGAUGUAUGCGCCUAGUGAGCCGCUGGGGCGGUUCUUGACGGGGCUUGCGUUGGGGAAGUACGAGGCCCAGCUGGCUGAGGGGGGGACGGAGGGGGCGAAGGUGGGAAGGCUGCCUAGGGUGCGGCUGUUGGAGAAUCCGAUGUUUAGGAGGUUGAUUGGGCUUCCGUGAGUUGAUUGUAUGGUGUGGGAAGAAUGGAGUUUGGUGUCUACUGUUUUGAGAUUGAAUGGGACAAAUUGUUUCAAUGAGCUCAACUGGCUUUCGCCAUUAUACGAGAUUACUCAAUGCACGUCAAGGAAGUAGAACUGCGUAGCAGCGUAUGAUAGGGCAAG